AUAAUGUUCGUCAUGUGGAAGAGCAGGAAACAUGCCAAGAAAUCAGACUGAAGGCCCAUCUGAGGAGAUGAGGAGGGUGCGAGCCCCCACCCUCCCGUUGAUUUACCAGCCCCCCGAGGAUGAAGACGCUGGUCGGGCUGUUCCUGACUCUGGUGUGCGCGGUGGUGGCGGCGAUGCUGCUCAUCCCGCUGUGCUACCGCACCCGUAUGCAGCCCUGCUGUCCGGCCCUAGGGCUGCGGGACAGCCCCACCGCAUCCAGCGUCCGCAGCUUCCAGGGGUACAGCCGCGUUCCCGACGGAAAGCCGCUGGAGCGAGUGCUGUGCCACCACUGUGCCAUUGUCUCCAGCUCGGGGCAGAUGCUGGGCUCACAGCUGGGACAGGCCAUCGACAGGCAGCAGUGUGUCCUGCGCAUGAACCAUGCCCCCACCACUGGCUACGAGCAGGACGUGGGGACACGCUGCACUAUCCGGGUGGUCUCACACACCAGCGUUCCACUGCUGCUGAGGAACCAGCCCUACUUCUUCCAACAGUCCAAAGAGACACUCUACUUCAUCUGGGGGCCAGCAAAGAAGAUGAACAGGGAAAAAAUGGGCUCAACCUACCAGGCACUGCUCAAGGUGAUAGAAAAGUACCCCCAGGUGCAGAUCUACACCCUGACUGAGGAGAAGAUGACGUACUGUGAUGAUGUCUUCCAGAAUGAGACAGGGAAGAACAGGAUGAAAUCUGGCUCCUUCCUGAGCACGGGCUGGUUCACCAUGAUCCUGGCCAUGGAGCUGUGCGAGCAGAUCAGUGUCUUUGGCAUGGUCAGCGAUAGCUACUGCAGGGGAAAGAACCACUCCAGCGUGCCAUACCACUACUUUGAGAAAGGCCAGCUGGACGAGUGCAAGAUGUACCUGAUGCACGAGCAAGCUCACCGUGCCGGACACCGCUUCAUCACCGAGAAAACCAUCUUCUCCCGCUGGGCCAAGAGGGGGAACAUUGUUUUCAACCACCCAUCCUGGGCCGGCAGGUAGGGCACCAGCCAUGGGGUGAGGCAGCAGGAACCUCGGCAGCAAGGCAGCUCUCAUCCUGCAGCAACAUGUCUCAGCUCUGCCAGUGCCACGGUUGGACACCUUUUUGCCAAGCCCUGGAGCAGGGAGUCUCCGUCUCUGCAGCAGCAGUGCCUGUUUCCCCAGCUGCUGGGUGGGCUGGGAACCCUCUGUUGGUACAUGGGGGGCAUGAGCUGGACCCGUGCAGUCCCACCAGCUCCAAACACCUGCCUGGAUGGACACAGGGAGACCUGGUUUUCUGCUCUCCCUACUA